ACAUUAACAGUGUCAACCGGAGAGCCGCCAUUUUUAGGAAUUAGUUUUUGGACGGACGCAAGAAAACGCCGAAAGAAAAUAAACGUGUAUUUUAUCAUUAGGAAGUUGAAUUAAUUGUUUAGUGGAAGAAAACAAAAUAAAAUGUCUGGUGGCAGCGGAUCUAACAGAAAUGAGUGCAGAAUAUACGUCGGUAACCUGCCCCCAGACAUAAGGACAAAGGACAUCCAAGACCUCUUCUACAAAUUCGGAAAAGUUACUUUCGUCGACUUGAAAAAUAGGAAAGGACCACCGUUUGCUUUCGUCGAGUUUGAGGAUCCAAGAGACGCAGACGACGCGGUCCGCGCGCGAGACGGUUACGACUACGACGGCUACCGGCUGCGCGUGGAGUUCCCGCGCGGCGGUGGCGGUGGCGGCGGCGGUCGAGGCGCCCGCGGCGGCGGCGAGCGCUUCGGGGCCCGCGGCAGCACCCGCGGCCCGCCUGCCAGGCGGUCGGAGUACCGCGUGCUGGUUACUGGUUUGCCACCUUCAGGCUCGUGGCAGGACCUGAAGGACCACAUGCGCGAGGCAGGCGACGUGUGCUUCGCGGACACGUUCAAGGACGGCUCGGGCGUCGUGGAGUUCCUGCGCCACGAGGACAUGAAGUACGCGGUCAAGAAGCUCGACGACUCGCGCUUCCGCAGCCAUGAGGGCGAGGUGUCUUACAUUCGCGUCAAGGAAGACUACGGCGGCGGCGGCGGCGACAGGUUAGCCAAAGACAGGGAUAGGUCGCGCUCGUACUCGCCCCGGCGGCGCGGCUCGCCGACCUACUCGCCCGUGCGCCGAAGCUACUCGCGUUCGCGCUCGCGCAGCCGCGACCACAACUACUAGCCGGUGUAGCGGUACUCCGGGGCUCGCCGCCGUCGCCGCAGCGCCGCCUAGCGUUAAGACUUAGAACUACUUCGUUCCGACUUCGAUGUUGCCUCUCGGACACAUUGCAAACGAGAGAUCACUGGCAUCGCUCGGUUAUUUCGUAUUAGGAAAUUGAUAUUUUGUUUGUUAUAAUAAUAUUUGUUACUGGGGAUAAAAUGUCUAGCACCUAUUUAAGCAAAACUAACAUAGAAGAUGCACUGUAUUCAAUCAUUGUGAUCUCAUUAUAACAUGCAAAUGUUUAUACCUUCAAUGCUCUCUCAAGCAAGACCCAACGUUUCCAGUGGUCCCCUCGGGCGUGUGGCCGUCGUGUCGUAGUCGUACGUUUGCUAAAUUUUAUCAAAUUUGUAGUUUUUAAUGUUGUCGGUGUCGGAACGAAACAUAUUGUGUAAUAUAUCGCCAUUUUAUUAGCGAAAUUUCCGAAUACAUUUCAAGACUAUCGUCAACUUUAGCAAUAAAAGCACAAUGGGGUACUUGAUUUUUUACCUAAAUAAUAAAUAAGCAAUAUCAAUGUGAGAAAGAAUAAAUUAAGAAGCGAUGGUGGGACUUGGGGACUAAAUAUUUAAAUUAUUGAUAUUAUUAUAUUAGUGAAUGUUUUAUGUAAGACGUCAUAAUAUUUUAAAGUAUUUAAGAGAGGGUAAUUUUAAUCUGACGAUAUAAACAGCCGUUAGUCAACUACCCCCUUGUGUCGAGAAAUGUACUCGCAAGUUUCGCGGGCACUGCAUUGACCGUGUAUUAAAAGCAUUUUCUUUUGUUUCAUCCACUGUGGAUUGGCUCGGAUGUGCUUGGCGGAGGUGUGAGUCAGGAUCUAGGAGACGGCUAAUUAGGAUGGAUUCUGGAAUUUCUGGAUCGUACCGAAGGAUCGCAGCAGUGGUCGGAUAGUGGUCGCAUUUCGGACUUAACUUUUUGGAUUGACUUUGGAUAUUCGGAACACGGAUUCGGAUCGGAUGCACCGCAGGAUCACGGAUCUUUGGUAUGAUUUUGAAAUUAUUGCAAAUAACUUAUUUUGAGUGCACGCUCGGUCAGAGUAUUAAUGUUUGAAUCCUUUACUCACACUUUAUUUGCUUCUCGAUGUCUGCGUUACUUUCCUUAGGACAGCUCGGUUCGGCGAUGCUUCGCUCAUUAGUGUUGCCCUAACGUCGGCCCAUGUUCAUAAACUGGCCCGAACAUUGCCAUUCUCACGGUUUAUCAAUACGGGCCCAGCAUGCUUAAGAGCUUUCAUUCGUUGUGAGAAAACGCGUGAAUGAGACGGACGAAGGAUACUUUUUACUGUUGACAUAGAUAUUUUCGAUUAGUGUGAAUGUAAAUGUAAACAUUAUCAGGAUGCAAUAAAAGAGAAAAUGAUUAAAAAUAUAUAUGCGUAACGCAAUAAAUUAGACUCAAAGUAAAUCACAAAUGUAAAAAUAAUGAAUUUGUAAGAUGCCUCGUAGUGCGGCGUCAUAUCAUAGUUUUAAUGAGUGGAAAUGUAAUUUAGGUACUGGAUCAGCAUUCCAAAGACCAACACAGUUUGAUGGACUUAAUAAAAACACUGAACUAUUA